UCAGAUCCCUUAGCAUUUUUUAAAAGGCCUUAGUUGUCCACAUGUCUGAAACUACUCGCGGGUUCAUGUGAGGCAGUCCUGAUUUUUGGCAGAUGGAACUCUACAAUCUGUCGAGUGAUGUUGAAGUCCCCUAGGGUUGUUCAGUUUUCAUAAUUGAUUGCAUGUGCAUCUUUCUGUCAUCAGAUCCAGGGUCUAAGAAAACUUCUUGUCAACUUCGAAUGGCAAGAAGCUAAGGACUUGAUAUUCAGGACAAUAUCUACAGUUAAGCAUCUUCCAAGCUGUCACCGGUCGUCAGAUUCCCAUCCCUCGCCGCUAUUCCACAAUGGAAGCAAGGAAAGACCAUUUUUUACUCUCCCUACACACAGAUUCCACACAAAAGUACGACUUCCGAGGAGUUACAAAGACUUACCGCCCCCUCGAGGUUGCCAGCAACGACAUUGUAGCAAGAAAAAUCGACUGGAAGACAAUCAAGGAGGUAGAAUUGGACUUGAAGGCCAUAUGUCACCCACUGACCAUUGAGAAGGUCCUGGUGUGGGUCUGAACUGUGAAGAUAUGGAAUAUCCGGAUAUGUCCAAGAAGAUUAUAGGAUCUACAACCCUGAAGUGGGGCCGGACGAUGGGGUUUGUAUAUUUAAACUUUUGGUACCAGAACCGAGAUAUGCUCACCGCACAGAUGUCUCCUGCCCAAUAUAGGCACGCCUUGUCCGAUUGUCUUCUUGACGAACAACAAGAGAUCUCAUCUCGGUACUGGAAUACUUCCUCAAAGGUACCGGCGGGCCAAAUAGGUUAUCCAAAAAAGGAUGGGAAGACCCCAGCAACUAGUGAGGCAGCGAGCCACAUCUCCCUAAAGCCCGUUAGCUGUUGGCUUUUGGACUUUGAACUGGUUUCAGAGCUGACCGUCAACCAUGUUCAUCUAGGGUAUAGAGAGCCCGCUCUAUCAGAUUUGAUGUCAAAGUAAUGUUAUGAGAUGUGCACGUCGUCAUACAGAGUAGUUGACCCGUGGAGAAAGGAACUGACAUAUUCGCGGAUUACUUAAGAAGCGCAACAUGAUCAUAGUUAUAACGUUGCUCACGUUUACUUGUCUAACUAUUUUCUGGUUAUCCACCAUUGAAAGGAAGUAGCCGGUGCAACUCCAGUCGUUUGUACUGAACCGAGCCUGGGACAUUAGUCAGGUGUUUAUUUACAGCUAGAGAAGGACUCAAUGAAACAGAUCGGGCGGGUGUGCCUUUGGAGAAGAGAGAUACCUCGUCAGUUUCAGCUACCUGCAUUGAACUAAUCUCCAUUGCGGACAAUGGGAGCCAUAUUCAUUUGCGAGCAAAACUCUUGACUUUGGAUAUCAGGCGUGGGAAGAUGUGAACAGGAUUUCUCCGCAAUUCAAUUUCAGGGUAGAAGUCUGAAUCUAGGACUACUUGUCAGUCUGUUCCCCUCAUUGUCUGUUACUCAUGCAGUAUCUGUACCACGCUUUUGGCAACUAUGCGUUUGCGAGUCGCCUCACUCUAUCCACAAUCUCCAACGCAGUGGAGAGACUCGAGUAUCAUGCGGCCCCAUAGCUCUGCCCUUCAUCCCGUGGGCCUCCCUCGCGACCAAGUGUUGAGCUUCUCAGUUACCACCUGUCACCCGGAGGUUUAGUGCAUGCUUGUCAUGUUUUCCUCGGAAAGGCAGGUGUACGACCAAUUAUAGCACCGGAUAGAAGACUACUUUCAUGGAAAGGCAUCCAACAUGUACUGUUGUGUCUGUUGGAGCACAAUUUCAAUUGACCAAGUGUGUUUCUUGAAAAUCAAGACUCUGCA